UCUGGCUCUGGUGGUUUCGCAUAUGUUACAGAUUUGCGAAUCAUAAGGACUUUCCCUCCUUUGGCUCUUGCAGGCUUGCAGAACAAGCAUUCGGAGACCAUACCAAGAAGGUCGUUCAUGGCGAAGAGCGAUACCGCUGGCGAAGCUGCUCGGCCAUGGCAAUCCUACCAUACCGUCUACACCAAUGCGAAAGCUGGUAUGGAUGGAGUUGAUAAAGAGAAAGUGCAAAGAAUUGUUUAUGAAAUGAGCAAAGGAUCUAAGUAUUUCGAGAACGAGGAGCGAAAGGAGGCCUUUAUAAAGCAGAAGAUCGAUAACAUGCGGUCUCGGUGUGCUAAGCUCACUGGAGCUGAUAUAUCUCACUAUCAGAAGGUUGCAGAUAAAAGAAUUUUAGAGCUCGAAGCCACACGGGACUUGUCAAGGAUUUGGAUACAUGUAGAUAUGGAUGCGUUUUAUGCAGCUGUUGAGACUUUAAGUAAUCCUUCCUUGAAAGGAAAACCCAUGGCUGUUGGCAGUAUGUCUAUGAUAUCCACUGCUAAUUAUGAGGCACGGAAAUUUGGGGUUCGUGCUGCAAUGCCUGGUUUCAUUGCUCGUAAAUUAUGUCCAGAGUUAAUUUUUGUUCCUACAGAUUUCAAGAAGUAUAACUAUUACUCUGAUUUAACCAGAAAAGUUUUCCAGAAGUAUGAUCCGAACUUCAUGGCUGCCAGUUUAGAUGAAGCAUACCUCGAUGCAACCGAAGUCUGUAAAGAAAGAGGCGUUAUUGGCGAAGAAGUUGCUGAAGAAAUUAGAGCCCAUGUGAAUAAGGAGACUGGUCUUACAUGUAGUGCUGGAGUUGCUCCUAAUCGUCUACUUGCCAAGGUUUGCUCCGAUAUAAACAAGCCAAAUGGGCAGUUUGUUUUGCCCAAUAACCGUUUGGCAGUGAUGACAUUUAUAUCCUCACUUCCUAUACGCAAGAUUGGAGGCAUCGGUAAAGUCACUGAACAUGUUUUAAGGGAUGCUUUUGGAAUUAAAACAUGCGAGGAUAUGAUACAAAAAGGCAGUUACAUCUGCGCACUAUUUUCUAGUUCUACAGCAGAUUUUUUUCUCUCUGUGGGACUUGGGCUUGGGAGGACAGAUACUCCUGAAGUCAGGUUGCGUAAAAGCAUCAGCAAUGAGAGGACAUUUUCUGCCACAGGCAACAAAACAUUUCUUUAUCGUAAAUUAGGGGAUAUUGCAGACAUGCUAUCUACUGACAUGCAAAAAGAGGGUCUAUGUGGGCGAACAUUGACACUUAAACUAAAAACUGCAUCUUUUGAGGUUCGUACACGAGCUGUGACUCUACCAAAAUAUAUCAGCUCAAGUGAGGAAAUUUUGAAACAUGCUUCAAAGCUGCUAAAGGCCGAACUUCCUGUUUCUUUAAGACUAAUAGGUCUGCGGGUGUCUCAUUUAAAUGAAAAUGGGAAUGGCGCUCAACCUGACCCAACCCAGAAAACUCUCACUAACUUCAUUGUCUCAGGAGAUGCUUCUAAGAAAGUUAUGGAUAACCAUAGCUCCUUGGGUGCAGUCAUUAGUGAUUGCUACUUUAUAAAUGAUGAUGAAACUAGUAUAUCUAUUGGCAGCCAUGAUACAUGUUCUUCUAAUCACAGAGAUCCUUUGGAUUGCAUUCAUUCAUCAAAACUGGAAGACAGUAACUCUACAUUUAGCAGUGAUGGUGAUCAUAUGGAGAAGUUUCAGAAGACUACGAGUGAGAAUGAAGAGAAAACACAGGAUGGAGUGGCACAACUAUUGGGAGCUGAUUAUUCUCUCCCUGUGCAGUUUGAGGGUAGUUGCCUAGACAGAUCAGAGAGUGAAACUGAUGUCAUGGGGAGUAAUGCAGCUUCUUCAUCCCAUCAGGGAGAGCUAUUUUCAUGGCUGAAUGGCUACAUGUGUUCAAUAUGUGGGAUGGAGUUGCCACCGAAUUUUGUUGAGGAAAGGCAAGAGCACUCUGAUUUUCAUCUAGCAAAACAGCUUCAGGAGGAGGAAUCUGGCACUGACUUGAGAACUUCUAUGCUGAGACCAAGGAUUGUCCAGAAGGAUCCCAAUGCGAGUCAAGGCAAACGUAAGAAGCAGAAGUUGUCUUUGAAAGAAGGCAAGCACGUUCCCAUCGAUCUAUUCUUUGUUAAAAGCAGUCAGAACUUCUAGCAUUGUCUUUUAUUUGUUGUCGUCCUGUAUAUAGUUCCAUAUAUCAGCAAAUUUCAGUUGUCAGUUUAUGGUAUUGUUCUAUUUAUAGUGAAACUCCAAUAAGUGUACAUAUUUGAGCAUGUAAAAUAAUUGUAAAAGGUUGUAUUUUCGGUUCCAAAAUGAAUCCUUGUAAUAAUGAACAUUCUUUGUUCUGUUUA